GUUUGUGCCACCUAGGGUUUAUCCGCCGCUCCGUUUGCAGUCUGUCUAGCGCAGUGUCUUCACACCGAGCGUCUCCAGUCUGCUCGCUCUUGGACAAACAGAUAACUCCAGAAUAAUCGAAAACAAUCAUAAAACUUUCCUUUGGAUGUACCCAUUUUUUUAAACAACUUUUGUCUUCGGUGAGCGUUUAGGAACUAAAGAGAAGAAAACAAUUACAAGGACAUGUUGUGUUGUCAUUGAGAGGUAACUACGCUGCACCGCGAGGAGAAGAUAGAAAAGCGCUUGUGCCAUGUAGCAGCAGCGCUCUCUGAAAAACCCGCCUGGAAAUAUAUAGAAGAGCCCACACGGCAGCGAGCUAGUUAUUUUUACUUGAAGGGGGGGGGGAACUACAAAUAUGCUGUGAAGCUCGUCGUCGCAGCUUGGCUCCCGGCAAAAAAAAAAGCUCAGGUUUCCAGAGCAUCUGAUGCUGGGGAGAAAGAGUAAAUAAAUAGUCAAGGAGAAGAAGCGAUAUGCGGCUGGGUAGGCAGCUGGUUUUGCAGUUCGUCUCCUGGAAUUAGUGGAUGAAUGGGAAGGGAGCGGCUGUAGCCUUGAACCAGGGAAACAGAAUACACCGUAUAGAGCCUGCGGUAACACACAAUGGAUACUAGUCCGUCUUUGAAGGUGAAAGAGUGAACGGAUGAGGUGGAGGACUUCUUCCUCAGCACACACACAGACAUCACCUUGCAACACUCAUCCGUGGGAGGAGGAGAAAGACUUGGGAUUGUUUGUUGCCCGCAGGAGGAAUUCAAGGUGACCUGAGAGACCCAACGGAGACAAAUGUGACAACUACCAAGAGCAGGUGUUGUAGGAAUCAGACCCCACCUUCUUGCCAUGAAUCAAUAUGUGUUUGGAUACCUGAUCUGACCAAACGACUGAUCCUGUUACUGCUAGUUGCUCAUCUUGCUCUUUGAGCGUGAAUGUGUGGCCUUGAGGUAUUUCCGAGGGACCAUAUGGCACAAUACCACACAUUAUAGGUCCCCUCUCUAUGAAUUAACAUGGACAAAGUGUUCAUCAGUCUCCUGCUUCUGGGAACCGCAGUUACGAUGGUCCAUGCAUGUCCCAAAUACUGUGUCUGCCAGAACCUGUCCGAGUCUCUGGGGACUCUAUGCCCCUCCAAAGGCCUGCUCUUUGUCCCACCGGACAUCGACCGGCGAACUGUGGAGCUCCGGCUGGGUGGCAACUUCAUCCUCAAGAUCACCACUCAGGACUUUGCCAACAUGACAGGUCUGGUGGAUUUAACCUUAUCCCGAAACACCAUCAGCACCAUCCAGCCUUUCUCUUUCAUUGAUCUGGAAACCCUGAGAUCACUGCACCUGGACAGUAACCGGUUGACCGAGCUGGGGCCGGAUGACCUCCGAGGGCUGGUCAACCUGCAGCACCUGAUCCUCAAUAACAAUCAGCUGAAUCAGAUCUCCAAAGCAGCUUUUGAUGACUUGUUAAUGACACUGGAGGAUCUGGAUUUGUCAUACAAUAACUUGCGCAGCGUGCCUUGGGAAGCCAUCCGUAACAUGGUCAACCUCCAUCAGAUGAGCCUGGAUCAUAACCUCAUUUCCUUUAUUGCUGAGGGGACUUUUACAGAUCUGGAUAAACUGGCCCGCUUGGACCUCACCUCCAACCGUCUGCAGAAGCUUCCUCCAGACCCCAUCUUUGCGCGUUCCCAGAGCAGUGUUGUGAUGAGCACACCUUAUGCACCUCCACUUUCUCUAAGCUUUGGUGGAAACCCAUUGCACUGCAACUGUGAAGUGCUUUGGCUUCGACGGCUAGAACGUGAGGAUGACAUGGAAACCUGUGCUUCUCCUGCUAGUCUAAAGGGGCGUUACUUUUGGUCUGUUCGUGAGGAGGAGUUUGUUUGUGAGCCCCCUUUGAUCACACAACAUACGCACAAGUUGCUUGUUCUGGAAGGCCAAACGGCUAGCUUGCGCUGCAAAGCUGUUGGUGAUCCAAUGCCAACUGUGCACUGGGUUGCUCCUGAUGACCGUUUGAUCAGCAACUCCUCCCGUGCAACGGUGUAUGAAAAUGGCACCCUGGACAUUACAAUCACUACAUCCAAGGAUUAUGGUACCUUCACGUGCAUAGCUGCUAAUGCUGCUGGGGAAUCUACAGCCUCCAUUGAGCUAUCAAUCAUUCAACUCCCCCAUCUGAGUAACGGUACAAACCGUACCACACAGUCCAAGUCUGGGCUUUCAGACAUAACUAGCUCUACGAAGAUCAGUAAAGGGGAGCCUAAACCCCUGCCAGAGAAAGUGGUGUCUGUAUCAGAAGUGACUGCCGUCUCUGCUCUGGUCAAGUGGACUGUAAGCAAGUCAACUCCAAAGGUCAAAAUGUUCCAGCUUCAGUACAACUGUUCAGAGGAUGAAGUCCUCAUUUACAGGAUGAUUCCAAUGACUAACAGAGCCUUCGUAGUCACAAAUCUUGUCCCAGGGAUGCAGUACGACCUGUGUGUCCUGGCCAUCUGGGAUGACACUGCCACCACCCUUACUGCCACCAAUAUUGUCGGCUGUGUCCAGUUCAUCACCAGGGAGGACUACCCACAGUGCCAGUCUCUUCACAGUGGUUUCCUGGGGGGCACCAUGAUCCUGGUCAUUGGUGGCAUCAUUGUGGCCACACUGCUGGUGUUCAUCAUCAUCCUCAUGGUGCGCUAUAAGGUGACCAGUGGUAUCCAGAUGAAUAAAUUACCCACUGUGAGCAACACUUACUCACAGACCAAUGGGGGACUGAACAGGUUCAACGGUGCCCCGCCACAGGUCAAGUCUACAGUGGUGGUCAUGCGUGAGGAAAUGGUAGAGUUCAAGUGUGGAUCCCUCCAGAGCAGCCUCUCCUCCUCCUCCUCCUCCUCUAACUCAUUAGACAGCCAAACAGGAAGAGGGGCUGGCGACCGCUACAGCAUGCAGGGCAGUGAAUGCAGCACCCUGCCCACCAGCAAAUUCAGGAGGCAUGGGCACGGCGCCAAAGCACGGCCAAACCUGGACCACCUUUUAGGGGCCUUCACCUCACUGGAGCUGCGAGGGGUAGCAAGGGACCACCAAGGGACCUCUGGACCCCCCACCACUGCCAAUGCUAUGGUGACGGUGGCUAAGGCUCCCCCAUCCGAUAAAGAACCCCUGCUAGGAAGGGCCGAGUCCACCACCAUGCUGGGACGUCUCCUAGGGCUGCCCCAGGAGGGUAAGCCCAAGCGGAGCCACUCGUUUGACAUGGGUCAUGUGGGGGCCACACAGUGUCGCAGCAGCUACCCUCGCAGGAUCAGCAACAUCUGGACUAAACGCAGUCUGUCUGUUAAUGGCAUGCUGCUGCAGUAUGAUGACAGUGAGGAUGAGAAGCCCACUUUUGAGAGCUCUGAGUGGGUAAUGGAGAGCACAGUUUGAGUUCAGCCGGUCUAACUGUGAGGUCCAUGGCCAAACAAUAAAUCUAUAUCAGGAACUAAAGGAACAUGAGUGCAGAGGGAAGGAUGUUCCAGUGGGAAUCCACCUUUGGGUAUUGCAUGAAGUUCAUCCAUGUGAAUACUGUAAUUUUGUGCAAAAGACACUCAAACUGAUAGAUUUCUGGCCAUGAUCUCAACUCUUUGACAGUCUCUAACUGUAUUUGAAAAAUUGUUCCCAUUUGAAACAACACAAAAUCUUGGACUGUGCAGAUAUAUGGCCCAUAUGGAACAAUUCCCAAUCCACAGGGCAUGUGAGUGUAUCUCCAAGAAAAAGGAAGAAAAAGUAAGAUGAGGAAUUCCAAGUGGAUUUACUACGUCUUUAUCAAAACAACACAGAGAGGAUUUGCCUCAACUGUGGUGAACUGAAUGCGCGUCACAAUGUUGUGGAUCCUCAGCAUGAAAUGGGACUACUGCAACAGUAGAGAGAAGGACCAGCGGAGCGAAUAGAGAAUUAAAACAAAGUCAUUUUUAUUUUCAUCUGGGUUUUUCUAUCAUUUUUACUAUUUAUUAUUUGAGGUGAUUCAUCAGCAGGCAGAGGUACAGCUCUGGAUAGAGUAUGUAGUUGUCAGCGAGGAUCAAACGCUCACACACAGAAGCUACAGUGUCCCCUCAUAUAUAGCCAUCUCAUUCAUUUAACAGUACAGUCAAAUUUCAAUCAAUGUCAAACUGACAACAUGACACAUUUUCGAACAGUCCUACUCCCUAGUUAUCAGUAACACAGAACCACAACAAGCCAGUAUUUCUACCUCAGGUUAUGUAUCAUAUGAGGUUAUUUAUAUAUGAAAGUGAAUGGAAAUACAACAAAAUCCAAAUGCACAAGAUUGAUCACAAGUUCUUUAGUUGUUUGCAAAAGCUUCAAAUAAUUAUUUAGUCUCCAACCAAUCAAAUUCAGUAUGUUUUCAGCUCAGGUUGAAAUCCUGCUGCAACACAAAGUCUUUCUGAAUGCUUUGAUACUCUCACCAUUGGUUAGCACUGGUGACAGUGGUCCCUGUAGGCUAAAAGACCAUUGGUGUAAACACAGUGUUUGCCUCAGGGUAUGGUUUCAGAUGCUAUCAGCACAUAUUAUAGUAGCCAGAUGUGAAUGGUCUUUGAAAUCCAUCAGGCCCACUUAAUCAUUGUUUAAACCCACAGCGGGAUGCAUUAUUCGGCUGAAAUUCUCUUUAGGCAACACAAACAAGAGAGUACGACAGUUACUCAGUUAGCCAGGUUAAACAGCGGAAUGAGUCCAAAUUGACAUUCAUUAGCCUGAUAAAGGUCAUUAUGCUGCUUAGGAGAGGACAUUAAGUGGAGAAAAAAGGGGGAGAAAGAUAACUUAUUAAGGGCCAACACCCUCUCUGGAAAUCAAAUUCACUAGAUUGCAUAAUACAGAACUUCUGUUGGUUUAUGUAUUAUUUGAAUUGAUUCAUUGGAUUAAUCUUUCAUUCUCCUUCAUACCGGGCUGUACGUUGCAGUGAAAUACUUUGAAUUAGUGACUAUUCAGAUUAGUCAUUAACCAAGACAUCCCCACACAUGUUGAUGCCUUUCUCAAUACCCUGUUGGUCUCUGCUGCAUUUCAAGAUGUGGGGUGGUCAUCUUUUUCUUUUUUUUAUUGUUUUCUUCCCUAGGUGUACUGUUAUGUAUAUUGGUAUUUUUUGUACAAUAACUGGGUGAGAAUGUAAAGGGGGGAAAUCGUGCAGUAGUACUUUUAUUUUAAUGUGAAGCAAACAGUGAGAAGGUGCUUUACUGUGGUGUACCAACUUGGUCAUUUUUAGUCGGCUCUCUGGAGUGAUAUUUUACGUGAUGUGGCAAGUAGAGAGAAGUGGAGGACUGGCUGUUUUUAAAGGUUCAAUUAACCCGAAUUACAAAAAAGUAGCCUGUCUGACUUACAUCUAGUUGGACUCACCAUCUAGAUAAUCAUGGUUUUAUUUGCCUAGGUUUUAAAAUGUGAUUCAAUGAGAUUUCUAACUUUACCACAAUGACAGUGGGGUUAUGGUGUGUAAUGACAAUGUGAGAGAAAAUUUGUUAAAUGCCAGAGAUUUUGCCAUAAUGUUUAUACCAUAAUAGCUGUCCCUAAUAUUCCUGGCUAUAUUAGGUCUUUGUGGGCAAUUUUGCAAAUUAACAAGGCUAUAUUGGCUAUAUUAAAUGUGUUAAAGAAUAAGGAUGAUAACACUAUAUAUUUUCUUACUGCCAACAAAUCCCAUGAAAAUACCAAUUAAUUGAUUCUAGUACCAAAUACUGUGUGUGCAUCCAAAGCCUGAUAUAUCUCAUUCCUCUGUGCCAUAGAACUCCACUGUUGUCCAAAAACACUGAGCCAGACUGCUACACUGGGUGACAUGUUCCUUCAUUACCAUCAACACACACACACAUUGUAGUUUAUUUUGAGUUCAAGCAACAUACACCAAAAAUUGUUAAUCAAGCUGAGCUGAAAAUAGUCCCCAGAAAAUGUACAUUUUACUCUAGUUUUAGUAAUGUUUGCUAAAAAACUACAGUUCCCAGGUGUUUUGGGAAAAUACUGGACUUGAGAUUGAGUGCAACCUUUAUCAUUAACCUGUAUUAUUGUGCUGUUUUUGAUCUUUUCAUGAGAUUUGUCGUUAAUAAGAAAACAGAGUAUCACCAGCCUUAUCCUUUAAUUUGUCUGCUACUAAUUUGGUGAACAGGUCAUCUAUAAACAGCUUUUCAGUUGAUUUUCCUGGUUUUCUGCCUAUAGAAAGUAUAAUAUACCAUGUGAGCAUUUUAUUCAUAGUGCCCUCAGAGUAUGCCAAACAACUUAGUCAAACAACUCAACACAACUAACUUAACUCUAAUAUAUCAAAGAAUUUUCUCUGUAAUUUGUAACAAAUUCUGUCAGUGUUUUCAGGAAACCUCUUAGGAAAAUGUUUGGCAAAUGCAGACCCAUAAAUUAAAGAUUAAAGAUUAUUUAUUAUUGCAGUUUAAAGUUUUCAGUAACAGACAAUGGGAGCUUGUUUCUGACUCAUACAGUAUCUCCAAACCAGAACAAAUGAAACUAAAACUAUUUGAUGGCUAGAUUCCACAAGAGGUAAAUGGAAAAAAAUGGUUAUUUUUGUAAAAUGGGUGAAUGGCCCUUCUGCCUCUACUUGUGGCAUCAUGUAACAGUCCCUUCUACUCUGCUAACUAAGAACACCAUUUAAGUGUGUACUUGACUCGACAUAGUCAUGAUUCUCACCCGAGGUUCUAGGACAAAAACAAGAAAAAAAAAAACUGUUUCUGUGUGAAAACAUUUUGCUACAAAAGAAUAUAAAAUACUGAUUAAUUCCUAUGA